CACGCCCACAGGCACCGGGCCGGCGGCAGGGGCGUGCCCCGCACUCCCAGCCGCUCUGUUGGUCAACAAUCCUGUGCUCUGUCAGCGUCCUGCCGCCCCCGGGGCUGGGCACAGUGGUGAGCAGGGUGGGCCCCGCGUGGCCUUCACCCAGGUCUGGUCUCCUUAGAGAGGCGACCUGCGGGCCCACAGUUGCGGUCCAGCGUGAUCACCGAGGUGUGCCCUUGGAGCCCUGGCCAUCAGAUACCAGCUGAACUCCUCCAGCCUCGUGUGACUUGAGUGCCUGAAGGAAGUUGAGUAUGGAGUGUUCCGGGGACCCUGGAGGGGACCCGUGCCCAGGAGGGUCGGGGAUGGCUGUCCAGGACAGGAAGAUGCCGCCCAAGCGCAUAGCUAAAAGGAGGUCGCCCCCAGAAGAUGCCAUCCCCAAAAGCAAGAAGGUGAAGGACGCCCGUAACCAGGCGGUGAGAGCUGCUCCCUCCCGCCACGUUCCAGGCGCCCACUCCUGCCGAGGUGCCUGCGGCCCCAGCCCUCCUGACCAGAGAAUCCGACCAGUCUCACACAGGUCCCACAGCACAGAACCAGGCUUGGUGCUGACACUGGGCCAAGGCGACGUGGGCCAGCUGGGGCUGGGUGAGAAUGUGAUGGAAAGAAAGAAGCCAGCCCUGGUGCCUAUUCCAGAGGAAGUUGUGCAGGCCGAGGCCGGUGGCAUGCAUACUGUGUGUCUAAGCAAGAGUGGCCAGGUCUACUCCUUCGGCUGCAACGACGAGGGUGCCCUGGGAAGGGACACGUCAGCGGAGGGGUCAGAGAUGGUCCCCGGGAAAGUGGAGCUGCAAGAGAAGGUGGUACAGGUGUCAGCAGGAGACAGUCACACAGCAGCCCUCACCGAGGAUGGCCGUGUCUUCCUGUGGGGCUCUUUCCGGGACAACAAUGGUAUGAUUGGGCUGCUGGAGCCCAUGAAGAAGAGCUUGGUGCCCGUGCAGGUGCAGCUGGACGUGCCCGUGGUGAAGGUGGCCUCAGGAAAUGACCACUUGGUGAUGCUGACAACUGACGGCGACCUCUAUACCUUGGGCUGCGGGGAGCAAGGCCAGCUGGGUCGUGUACCUGAGUUAUUUGCCAACCGUGGUGGCCGGCAGGGCCUGGAACGACUCCUGGUCCCCAGGUGUGUGCUGCUGAAAUCCAGGGGAACCCGGGGCCACGUGAGAUUCCAGGAUGCCUUCUGUGGUGCCUAUUUCACUUUUGCCAUCUCUCGAGAGGGCCAUGUGUAUGGCUUCGGCCUCUCCAACUACCAUCAGCUUGGAACCCCAGGCACGGAGUCUUGCUUCAUACCCCAGAACCUGACAUCGUUCAAGAACUCCACCAAGUCCUGGGUGGGCUUCUCUGGCGGCCAGCACCAUACAGUCUGCAUGGAUUCUGAGGGAAAAGCGUACAGCCUGGGCCGAGCUGAGUACGGGCGGCUGGGCCUUGGGGAGGGUGCCGAAGAGAAGAGCAUACCCACCCUCAUCUCCAAGCUGCCCGCUGUCACCUCCGUGGCGUGUGGGGCCUCUGUGGGGUAUGCCGUGACCAAGGACGGUCGUGCCUUUGCCUGGGGCAUGGGCACCAGCUACCAGCUGGGCACAGGGCAAGAUGAGGAUGCCUGGAGCCCCGUAGAGAUGACGGGAAAGCAACUGGAGAACCGUGUGGUCUUGUCUGUGUCCAGCGGGGGCCAGCACACAGUCUUGUUAGUCAAGGACAAGGAGCAGAGCUGAUGAAGCCUCUGUGGGCCUGGCCUGGCCCCUCACCCACCCUCGUGCAACAGGGAAGCAGUGACAACCACAGAUUCCAGCAGGCCUCUCCCCAACCCUGAGCACUCUGUUAUCUCCUGCCUUUUUCCCAUCAUCAGCAGAACAGAAUUCUUUUCCUCUUUUUCUUCCUCCUUUCUGGAAUCAUCCUGGGACCUGCAGGAUGAAGGGGAGGACGGAUGGUGGAGUUCUGGACAGAAGGAACAUUGCUCACCCCAGAGCUGUGUGGUCACACUUUGCCCAUACUUCCCUACCUCCCAUGGUCCUGGCUGGCUCUGGCUGGCUCUGGCUUUGCCUAACAAAAAACCAAAACUCCCUCCCCUGGGCGUUUGGAGCCAUCCUGCAGUCAUGUGCCACUCUUCCUAAGCCCAGUAGUCCACAGGCAGACAAAUGGUUCGGUUACCAGACCCAGCUGUCAUGGCCCGUGCCUCAGGGAAUCUAGAGGAGGGACAGGGCUGCACAGCUGUGGGCAGCCCCAAGCCAAAUACUUGGCUCCAAACAGGUGUCCGUGGCACAGAAAGGAUGCCAGUUCUCCACUCGACCAAGAAACAAGCCGACUAGGGGUUCUCCCGGAAGCACAAAGCCUACCCUGGCCCCUCGGGCACUGGGUAUCCCACCAUCCCCUGGGCCUCAUCUGUAGCCAAGGACCGAAUCCCAGGAGAGAAGCCGGGCAGGGGAGGGGGAAGAAGGCAGCGGGGAUGGAGGAUUUUAUGCACAAACAGCAAUAAUAGCAGGGAGGGAGGCAGAGAGGAUCGGAGAGGGGCAGAGGCUGGUCCCUGAGAAAAAGAAGCAGCAACUUGGACAGCGGCUGAGAAAAGAGUUUGGAUUUUUUUAAAUUAUAAAAUAUUUUGGAGGGGAGAGUGAAAUCUUUUAACACUUUGAAUAAAUGUAGAGUUUUGUAAGACCGGCCGCUUGUUUUCUACAUACUCUGCCUUUCCAGGGGGGUGCCUGCUGAAUGAGGCAGAGUAAAUCCAGGCCUGUGGACCUGGUGUCAGGGCCACAACCCAAGUGAUGUUCCUGUGUGCCUGCCGGCCAGCCAGUGUCUAAAAUCAAAAAGGGAGGAAAGAGUUGAGUUUUGCUUGGAAUCCAUGGAUUUUUUGAUAAUGAUUCUGCAUAGUGCAAGAGAAAUGGGAAGGAAACUUUAAAAUCCUAACGCCAAGCCAAGAUUUUUGAGUACAGUACAUGCGAGAAAGGCCUGCUGCGCUGCUUGUGUUGUUCUUGAAGAGCUGGUGUGUU